GCCUCUCUUCCUGCCGCCGCCUCUGCUCCCUGGGGACCGAGGGCGAUGGACGCUGGCUGCCUGUGGGGCCGCAGCCUGCUGCUCUUCCUCGGUUACCUAUUGCAAGCAGUCCUGGGCACAACCGUGAUCCCGUUAUGUGGGCCUGGUGAAAUGGAGAACUGCACAACAGCGCUCAUCCAGACAGAGAACAGCCCACGUGUGGCUCAAGUUGGGAUAACGAGAUGCAAGCCUGAAAUGAAGGACUACUGCUUCCAUGGGCAGUGUGUGUACAUCGUGGACUUGGAUGAGCACUAUUGCAGGUGUGACGUGGGCUUCUCCGGAGUGCGGUGCGUGCACUCGGAGCUCGUCCGGCAGCCCCUCAGCAAGGAGUACGUGGCACUGACCGUCAUCGUGGUCCUGCUCUUCCUCGCUGCCCUCUCUCUCGCCAGCUACUACAUCUGCAGAAGGUACCGCAACAAGAGGAGACAAACAAACACCAGUGAAUACAAAGAAGUUGGUGCACUAUAGGAGAAGCCUUGACUUCCUGCAGUGUUCUGUUCAUCUGGAUGGACUCAGUGGCUACCUGUCUAUUUAAAUGUUAUUUUUAUUAAUAAUAUUUACAAUAUUUAUAACCUUUAAAAAAUUUCAAUUGUUUGAUGAUUCAAUAAGCAUAGGUCAAGCAUUUUA